AUGCCUCGAUCAGCAAUUGCAAGUUCAAUAUUCCUGUCCAUUAGCCUGGCAUUUUCUGCGGAUGUUGCUCUCUCUUAUGACACCAAUUCACUAAAAUGGGCACCAUGCGACCUUGACUUCUCUUCAGAAAUUCAGCUAGAGGUGGCUGCACAUGCAGAACCUCUCUUUUGUGCAACUUUGCCAGUGCCCCUGGAUUACACCAAUCGCAAGAAUGGCCAGUUUCUUGAUCUGCAACUGAUCAAAAUCAAAGCAACCAAGGAACCUUUCAAGGGAAGUGUCCUUACGAACCCUGGCGGCCCUGGAGGAAGUGGUGUAGAUUGGAUAGCCACCGAUGGACCAUCGAUUCGUAACGAUCUGGGUGGGCAUCAUGAUGUUAUUGGGUUUGACCCUCGCGGCACGGGCAGAACCAUUCCAUUCUAUUGCAUCCAAUCGAAUAGCACUUCACCCAACAACAAGCGCGCAGAGUACAACUUCACGAUACCUCAAGACGAUAUGUAUUCUGUACUCAAAGCGAAAGCCUGGCGUGAUGGCGGGAAAUACGCCGAAGACUGCGCCAGCACGCCUGGAAACUCAGACAUUGCUCCUUACAUCAGCACGCCUUUUGUGGCACGCGACAUGUUGAAGAUAAUCGAUGCACUUGGCGAGGACAAACUCCAGUAUUGGGGUAUAUAUUAUGGCACCGUCCUUGGCCAGACAUUCGCAGGCAUGUUCCCGGAUCGAGUCAAGCGUAUCGUGCUCGAUAGUACCGUACGCUUCGACGACUAUCAUGCCGGCCAUUGGAUUACAGUGACGCGCGACACAGAGCGUGCACUGGUGAACUUUUUCACUGAGUGCGUCAAUGUAGGUUCUGAACUGUGUCCAAUCGCAAAUUUCACAGGUCCGAACGCGACGCCAGAAGAUCUGCAUAACGAGUACGCAAAAGUCUUCCAGGAACUACUUGAUGAUCCAGUCUUCAUGCCCGACGACUACCAUCCUCUACCUUGGUGGCAGCCUGGCAGUAUUACCAUUUCCCAAAUACUGAAGUAUUCGACUUUGGCUUCGGCGUAUCGCCCAAGGCAGUUCGGCGAACUCGACAUUAUUGUCGACAUAGCCCUGAGACGAGCAUGGGACGAAUGGAUUGCACUGUCUACACCCUUACCCUCCAACUCUACCACACCUGAAGUACCUUGGAACCUAGGUAGCAAUGCCUUCCACGGCAUCACUUGUGGGGAUGGAGCCUUCCGAGCCAACACCCCAGAAGAUAUGCACUCAUUGGUGCUGGCUCAAGCUUCCGCAGGCACUUUCUCUGAUGGCUUCGCACCUCAGAUCUGGCCAUGUGCACAGUGGAAGUUCGAGGUCAAAGAGCGCUACACUGGGCCAUUCACCGCGAUCAACACCAGCUAUCCGAUAUUGUUUGUCAACGGCAACCAUGAUCCUAUCACACCUCUAAGCACCGCGUAUGAGGCAUCAGCAAAUUUUCCAAGUAGUCGGUUGGUGGUACAGAAUGGACACGGCCAUGGAACCAGAAACCAUCCCUCGGCUUGCACCAACCGAGCAAUUGCAGAUUACUUUAAUGAUGGGACGCUGCCAGCUGCUGGUACGGUGUGUCAGACCGACAAAACAGCCUACGGUGUUUUCGAGGACUGGCUUGCUUUGCAAUUGGGCAACAGCACGGACAACAGUACGAUCGCGAAGAGGUCUUCUGAGAAUAGUCGCAAGUUCAUCCUUGUGUAA